AAAGGUCGUGACCACUUUAACAUUGACUGGCCUGAUAAAAGUAAACAAAUAAACAGUUUAUUGUGUGAAAUUUACAUAGUAUAGUCGGUUCAAAUAUUAACUAAGCUGAACAUGGCGACGUCAAUACCAAUAUGCGACAUUUGCAUCACUCAUGACAUAUCAACAUUUGCUUCCGGUUGGUGUUUAGAAUGUGAAGAAGCUAUCUGCAGUGAUUGUGAAAAACAGCAUGGCUGUAUGAAAUUAACAAAGCAUCAUAAAAUUAUAUCUGUAGACAAUAACAAGAUGUCAACUUCCAAUCUUGAAUCAGAGCAGGAAUGCAAUGACCAUUCCCGAAAGAUAGAUUUCUUUUGUUUAAAACACUCUCAACCAUGCUGUGUUACCUGCAUUUUUGAAAAACACAAAAGAUGUCAAGAAUUGAAGCCAUUACCGGAAGUCGAAAAGGGGAUGACGUCAUUCGAUAGUUCGUUUGCAAAUUUAGAGGACAGAGUAGAGGAUAUAAUUGAAAGUAUUACCGGUCUUGUAAAGGAGAAACAAGAAAAUAAAACAAGAUUAGAAGUUCAAAAAAAUAACAUUAUAACCGAAGUUCAAACUAUUCGAAGGUCAAUAAAUAGACACUUUGAUAAAGUUCAACAGAGUCUAAUGGAAGGACUAGAAAAAGAAGAAAAGGCGCAAAACGAAAGAAUAGAUAUGUGUAUUGAGAAGCUUUCAGUAAUCCUGAAGAAAGUUGACAAAUUAUCAAGUAAGUUGGAACAAGCAAAGCAACAUAAAUCAGAGUUCCAGGCUUUUAUUGCUGCUUUUGAAUGGGACAAAACAAUUGAAAAAGAAGAAAAAGAUUGGAUUUCUUUGCAAACAGAUAAAAUAUCAGAUAGAGUUGAUAUUGAGUUAGAUCUCUCUCCGAUACUUAUGGAGUUUGAAAAAGAGUUAACUGAAUUUGGAAAGAUAGAAGUGACGUACUCUCCAUCUAAGAAACUUCUAUUAGAGAAUCCUCCAAACCAAGGACAAUCAGUGACCUCUGCAUCAAGCGCCAUUAAUAAAAUACACCUAACAAAUAUUUGUUCUUUUCAAACACCACCCGGGACAUCGACGGAAACACUUAUAACAGACAUAGAUAUGUUAGAUGAUGGACGAAUUAUCCUAGCCGACAAUUCGUCAAACAGACGUCUUGUUUUAAUGAGUCAAGAAGGUGAACUUAUCAAAAUCAUACAACUAAAUGAUACAUGUUUCGGUGUUGCAGUUAUAGACAAAACAACAAUUGCUACAACAUUAGUAAAAAAGAAGAAAAUUGCUAUCAUCGACAUCGACUCAUCGGAAAUACAACGAUUUAUAUCAAUGAGCGAGGAUUGUUACGGAUUAUCUCUCGCAGGUGAAUCAUUAGUAGUCAGCCUCGAUGACCCCACAUUCCAGUUCGUUAAUCUCUCUGGUAAAGUUGUAUCUUCUGUUUGGAAAGCUGAUUAUGCCGAUUAUUGUUGCGUUCAUAACAACAAACUGUAUUAUGCAACCUCAAGUGGCGACUCGGUAUUCGAGGCGAAAUUGAACGGAGAUAUUGUCUGGAAAUCUUACUGCCAGAAAUACGAUUUUCCAGAUGGUAUAACGACCGAUGCUUCUGGUAAUGUCUUUGUUGCUUGCAAGAGUAGUAAGAAAGUAUUAGUCUUUGGUAAAGAUGGCAAGGAUUUUAGAGUUCUCUUGACCAAAGAAAAUGGAUUGAACAAUCCAAGAGCUAUACAUUACAAACGUGAAAUGAACAUACUUCUUGUGUGUAAUUUAUCCGGACAAUGUUUUUUAUACAAAGUUACAAAUUGAUUAAUUUAGUAUAUUGGUACGAUCUCAGAAAUAUCUUUUUUGUUAUAUUUAUUUCCUCAUUUUUUUUUAAUUUUGAAAAAGAUCGGGACGUAUGUAGCCAAUUUCCAUCUUAUCAAGGAAGGAUCACACCUGUCCAAACCAAAACACAUAAUAAUACGGACACAAAACGAAUAGGCGAACAUGGUAAACAAAA